AUGGCAUCACCUUCUACUAGCCCGAGCCCCGCUUGUGUGCUGCAUGUCUGGGGAGCAGCACCUUCUCCAGACUUCGCGCGCAAACCUUGCCAUGAGCACGAGCUGGGCCAACCCUCGGUCUGCGGGCUCCAGUCUACCGAGGACGAAGUGCCUGCUGGGCUAACGUUUCGAUCUGAUCUGCGUGCCAACACCAGAUUUUUUCCCACCUGCCACAAUCACCGCCAGGGAUAUUUCGUAUCCAGCGGACGGCUGGGCUGGGCUGGCCGAAGAGGCCGUACCUGGUUCGCCGCUUUGCCCCUUUCCUUUUGUGCGCGGUGCACGAGGCAAGGACAGCAACGACGACGUCGCUCUCCCGCGCAGGGGGAGGGCAGGGACGACGGCGGCCCUGAGGCCAGAGGCCAUGAGCGCGUGCCGAACGUGGACCGUCAAGUCCCCGUCACGCCAAUCAGUAAAAAAGCGCGAGCCUGCCCCUCCCCGCGCUACCAAGAUCCGCCAGCGCAAUCUGCUGCUGGUGCUGUUGCUGGCUGCGCACCAGAAUCUGCAGGGGGCCCCAUCUCCGUCGCAGGGGCCCCCCCGCAGACGUUCAUAUCGAUCACGGACGGCGCGGAACUUGCCGCGGCUUCUCUCGUCCCUUCCGACUCGCACAGCUACGUCGGCGUGCCAGACGCCCAGUCCGCGUGUUUCAGCGAAGCGGGCUACGGGUACGCGGCCCAGGCGCCGUUCCCGGUCCCGCCUGAGCUGCAGAUGCCCUAUGCGGCAGCAGCGUGGUAUGUCGACGACCGUGCUGGUUACUACGUCCUCGACAACGGAGCAUCUGCGUACGCCGCCUGCUACGCCGAGCAGCCCGGCGGCCUGCUCUACGCCCACGGCGCGGCCAUGUGA